CAACAAAAUAUCUAGAUGUUACUGUACACAAAAUGACCAAAAUUAUCCAUGACAACAAAGUACUUUCCCCCACCUUACAAAUAUUGCAAGAUAGGACAUACCAUAACUUACUACCUACACAUAAGUAAAACCCUUAAUCAGCUAAAACAGAUACAUAGUGUGUUACUCAAAACUCUACCUAGACCCCAACAUCAAAAUUAUUUAAUCCAAUUUUUCAUCCAUGUCCUUAGGAGCUCUACUGAUAACUUAAGCUAUGCUCGCCAAGUGUUUGACAAAAUACCCAAUUGUAGAAACCAGUUCCUCUGGACUUCCCUUAUACGUAGCCAUGUUGUUCACGCUCAGUUUAGCCAAUCCAUCCUGUUAUAUGGUAAAAUGCAUCGGUUGGGAGUAUUGCCAUCUGGGUUUACCUUCUCUUCUGUGCUCAAUGCGUGUGCACGUAUGCCAGCAUUUCUUGAAGGCAAACAAGUGCAGUGUAAAGUAGUACAAUUAGGUUUCUUCCAGAACAAGUUUGUAUUCACUGCAUUGCUUGACAUGUAUUCAAAAUGUGGCUUUAUAUUAGAGGCGAGAAGAUUAUUUAAUAUGAUGGAUGAUAAGGAUAAAGAUGUUGUCGCUUGGACUGCUAUGAUUUGUGGAUACACUAAAAUGGCUAUGAUGGAUGAUGCACAAGGAUUGUUUGAUAGCAUGAGGGAGCGCAAUGUGAUAUCUUGGAGUGCGAUGGUUGCAGGGUAUGCAAAUUGUGGUGAUAUGAGAGCUGCGAAGGAGUUAUAUGAUAGGAUGAUAGAGAAGAAUCCGGUGACAUGGGUUGCUAUGAUUGCAGGGUAUGGGAAGUGUGGCGACGUGAGUGAGGCUAAAAGAGUGUUUGAUGAGAUUUUGGAACCUGAUGCUUCAUGCUGGGCAGUGAUGGUGGCUUGUUACGCACAAAAUGGAUUUGCAAAGGAAGGUAUUGAAUUGUAUAAAGUGAUGAGAGAAAGAAAUGUGAGAAUCAGUGAGGUAGCAAUGGUGGGGGCUAUCUCAGCUUGUACACAACUUGGAGACAUUAAAAUGGCAACUGAAUUGGCUGAGCAUGUAGAGGAUGGUUGCUGUGAGCGGACGCCGUAUGUAUCCAAUGCACUUAUCCACAUGCACGCAAAAUGUGGAUGUUUAGUUCAAGCUCAGAGAGAAUUUGAUAGAAUGAAGGAAAAAGAUACGAUAUCAUAUAGCACAAUGAUCAUGGCCCUUGCUGAACAUGGUAAAUCCCAAGAAGCUUUGGAUAUGUUCUUGAAGAUGAAAAAGGAAGGAAUAAAACCAAACCAGGUUACAUUCAUUGGGGUCCUUUGUGCGUGUAGUCAUCAAGGGCUGGUUGAAGAAGGCUGCAAGCACUUCGAGAUGAUGAAUCGAGUUUUUUGUACGGACCCCUUGACUGAGCACCUUACUUGCAUGGUUGAUCUCCUGGGAAGGGCAGGCCAACUUGAGAAGGCAUACAGUCUUAUAACGGUAUAUGAAAGAGCCAUUGAUGGAGGAACUUGGGGAGCUUUGCUAGGAGCUUGUCAGGUUCAUGGUAAUGCUGAAUUGGGUGAGAUAGCAGCCAGGAAUCUCUUCAAACUUGAGCCUGGGAAUACUGGAAAUUAUGUGCUUUUGGCAAAUACUUAUGCUUCGACAGGUAGAUGGAAAGAUUCUGAGAGGGUGAAAAUGAUGAUGAAUGAAUUAGGAAAGAAGAAAACUCCUGGUUGUAGCUGGAUAUCAAGUCAAGAUAAAUAAAGAAUUUUUGCAGUUUUUUGGUUUUA